AUGAAAGAUCUUGCAGUGUAUCCAAUGGCAGCACAUCCCCCUGCCUCAUCGGAGAUGCCUUGGAACCAGUUCAGCAUUUAUGAUGAGUCCGACACCGUCUUCUUUGAGGAAAUGGAUACCGGCCUCAGCGACCUCGUCUUCCCGACGCCCUUAGCUACCAGCCUGGGCCCCGCCAAAUCUGAAGUCACGAGCGCCCCCCCUCACAGAAACCCCUCCCCUGUUCUGGACGAGUGCAGACGACGUUUGGUUAGCUCCUGCACCGGCCCCUUCGCUACUUCUGGGGGGCUGAUUUCCUAUGCCUCAGAGGAUGUCCUGGGGUUCCGGCAAACAGCGGAUUUUGGGCAGGGACCUAUGGGCUGCACAAGGCAGAUCAUGACAACGCCGCACACCAUGCUAACCAGGAAGAUGAAUUCAGUCAAUACAAUCGCCCACGUCUCCACCAUGAAUGAGAUGCUCAAACCCCACACCAGCUUCCAAGGUUGCAGCAGCCACCUUGCAAAUUACAAAAAGGACACGAAGCACCAUGGAGAGAUGGCAUCUGCUUUGCAGCUGGUGGCGGGCAAGACCAGGCCACGUUCUCAGCACCGGGGGUUAAGCACGGUCCGUAAGACCCGGCAGCCGUCUGCAAGGCAUGCACACAUGCUCAGUAGCGGGUGCAGAAGAGCGAGAGCAGCGGCGCUUGCAGUGGCGGAUGAUGCGAGGGGUAAGAGGUUGGCACUUGAGAGAGAGGCCCUGUCCCUCAUCCCUUCCUCCGAUAUCACGACGCGCCGCUGCAUGCACCCUGGCUGUGCACGGAGGUCAUGUUCCGGCUUCAUCCUGGGGGUCAAGGAUGGUGACGCGGGCGGCACGUGCUAUGAACGAGACAAAAGCCCCAUGCGGCCCCUUAACCAGGCAGAGGACGGCACGAAGAUGCCAAGGUGCCGUCACUUGGGGUGCAAGCUGCAGCCCCAGUACGGAGAUAUUGGCCUGGACAGGAAGAAGACCUGCUGCCACAAUCACUCUCUUCCCGGAAUGAAGGACCUCCGGGGGGGCCCCAAGUGCCAGGGGGCCGACGGCUGCUGCGCUAAGCGCCCCUCGUAUGGAAUUCGAGGAGUUACCCGACCGACCCGCUGUGGCGCGCAUAAGGAGCCUGGCAUGGAGGACCUUAUCAGCGCAAGGUGCAACUUCCCGUGCUGUGGGAUAGUCGCCUCAUACGGAGUUCAGGCCCCCGGCAGCGACGUCAUUCGCCGUACGUGCUGCAAAGCGCAUCACACUCCCGAGAUGACCUGUGGCACCAGAGGUCCAGUGUGCAUGGCGCCGGCAGGGUGUGAGACGCGUCCCUCCUACGGCUGGCCUGAUAAGAUUGACGGGGAGCACCCCGCCCGUCCCGAGCGCUGCAAGAAGCACUCGCUGUUUCAAAUGGUGUACAUGGGGUCUGCGGCAAGAGCCAAAAAGAAGAGAGUCCUUGAGACGGCGAAGUAG